AUGAUCUUCAAACCGCUGUUCCCCGAAGUCCUGCCUCUCGCUGACCAGAACGUACACGAUUUUCUGUUCAACAAGCCCGCGCGUACGCCAGACGUGGACUAUCCAAUCCACAUUGACGCGCUCACGGGAGUGCGAAGAACUCGCUCCGAGUUCAUUGACCGUGUUCGCGACGGUGCUACCGCCCUGGUCGCUCCUCUCUCCUCAGGCGGUUUCGAGAUUGGACCCAACGAGCAUGUCGGAAUCCUGAGCUAUAACUGCCUUGACUACUUAGCUCUGAUGCACUCGCUACUCGUGGUGACAAUUCCAUUCGCCCUCCUCUCUGCGUACUCGACGACGCCGUACGAGAUUGCACACGCGGCGAAGUCGGCGAAAGUAACUCGCAUCUUCGUCGAGCCUAGUCUCCUCCAGGUGGCGUUGCAGGCUGCGCAAGAAGCUGGAAUCCCAGAAGAGCGUAUCCACAUACUGAACGGCAUCGUGAAAGGAAGGAAAAGCUAUGCAGAAGCCAUCGACGAAGUCGAAAGGUGCGGCGUGCCCAGGACACCUGUGAAGCCCGCCGACAGAAACACCUUCGCAUAUGCCGUGUUCUCUAGCGGAACGACUGGGGCUCCGAAGGUCGUGAUGCUUACCCACGGGAACGUCUGCUUUUCGCUCGUACAAGGUGAGAUGAUCGCGAAAGAGGAACCUCCUUUACCCAAGGCAAUGGUCAUCCUGGCUCCCCUGCCCAUGUCACACACAUAUGGACUAGGGCUCAUUGCUUUUCGCGGUUUUCGGUCUCCCACUAGCUUGAUUAUCUUCCCGAAAUGGGACCUUGAAUUAGUUCUCGAGGUCGUCCCAAAAUUCCGCGUAAACGGCCUUUACCUGCGUCCGAGCCAGCUACACGAGCUUGUGCACUGCAAAAACCUCAAGAAAGAACAUUUUGUGUCCGUCAUGGUCAUAGGUUGCGGGUCCGCCUAUCUCCCGCCGAAGCUCGCCCUUACUGUGCAACAAGCGAUCAGGCCCGGGCUGCCUGUCGUCCAAGGCUUUGGAAUGUCCGAGAUCGCCAGUAUCGCGCUGCGGAUGCUCCCGCCCUCCGCGUUUGGCGGACGCGUUCCCCCUGAUUUCAACGCUGUGGGAUUACUUGUCGCAGGGCUUGAGGCGAGAAUAAUACUCGCAGACGGUUCCGAGGGCGGUGUGAACGAACCGGGGGAGCUCUGGUUGCGGGGUGCGAACAUCUCUCCGGGGUACUUUGGCGACGAGGCGGCGACGAGAGAGGCGUUUGCCGAAGGUGGCUGGUUCAAGACGGGUGAUCAUUUCAGGAUAGACCAGCACGGGCGAUUCUACUUUGUUGACAGGGCGAAGGAGAUUUUCAAGGUGGCGGACUUCCAGGUGUCGCCGACGGAGCUCGAGGACGUGCUGCGAGCCCAGCCCGACGGGCUCAUCACCGAUGUCGCCGUCGCUGGCGUGCCCGUGUGUAGCAACGGCGUUGAUGCCAACGAGCACAUCCCGCGUGCCUGGAUCGUCCUGAGCGAAAAAGGCAAACAACGCGGCGGAGAUGCAGUCAUGAAGCUGCUUGACGAAUGGGUCCGGCAAAAACUAACCCAGUACAAGUGGGUGACGGGCGGAUAUGAGGUUGUUGCUCAGGCAUGUGUAGCUGGCACGCUCAUACAAUUCACUCUUGGCAUCACUGAUCUCGUCCCUGGUCAUAUAGAUUCCCAUGUCGGCCGCUGGGAAGAUGUCUCGCAAGGUCCUGUUGGAGCGAUUUGUGGCGCAGCGGGAGAAGGCUACAUUAACUUGAGGCUCAGGCGCGACGUGGUGGAGGGCUCCAGUUAUUUGUUGUGUGUACGACAUGCGCGCGGAAAUGUGUUGCCGAUGUCGGGCUUCGGAUCAAAGGCUCGCCAUAGGCAUCUCUGGUUUAUAUGA